AUGGGGACGGCUGCUCUCCUCUUCUUCGUCUUAAUUAGAAAUCUGAACAGUCAUGUCCUUUCAGAGGACUCUGUGGUGGAGUCAGAGUGUCGGGACCGGUACCUCUGGAUCCACGUCCGCUCGGCCCAGACUCCUCGCUUCCAGGUCAAAGAUGGAAGUGGCGUCCACGCUCUCAUCGAGCCGCUGGCGUCCCGCUGCGGUUACACCAUCAGCACCUUCAGGAUGGACGGCUUCACCACCUUCAGGGCUUCGUACUACUCCUGCUUCACCCAGAACCAGAACGACGAGGUGUUCACCUUCAGCUUCAACGUGUUCGUGAGCGACGCUGGGGGAACGUGGACCAGCCGGCCGGUCUCUGCCGUCUGUUCUGGUCUGACCUGGACUCACAGAGAGGUCAUCUGCGAGGAGGACUACAUGGAGGUGAACGUGGACAGAGAGUCGUCGUGUGGAGGUCAGCGGGGGGACAGUGGAGAGAUGUGGCACGCGGCCUUUUCUCAGGCGCAGAGGACGGCGAGUUCUGUGUGGCAGCUGAUGUUCCUGCAGAGUGAUGGACGGGUGUCUUCCAUGUCCAUCAGUGAAGCCCAGCGGGGGGGCUACAGCCUGGUGGCGGGCGCCCAGAGGGUGGCGCUCCGCUCGCCGUACAAACAGCCGCAUGCCGAGCUGAGCACGGUGGAAGGCGUCCCUGUGGAGGUGCUCCGGGUUUCUCUGUUCUUUAAAAAGAAGCUGACGGUGAUGAUGAUCGACGUGUCCAUGGCCUGCACAGUCAAUUCGGGUUCUUUUGACGGCGCCCGGCUGCUGUGGGACGUCCCGCGGUCAUGACCCCGCUGGUCGAUGAGGGAGCAGUGUUUGAAAGCCGGACCCUCGGCCUGGGGCUGGAGGGGGUUCUUCUGGACGAACGCACCGCCACAACCAAAGGAUUCAGCGUGGUCAAACGAGGCCGUUGAUCCAGAUCGGAG